AUGUCUGGAGCGGCGGCACAAUAUGAGGAGCGUGGGGGACUCCUGCGACCAUUCCACCCUUCGUCCGACACCUUCAAUCCGAGCGGAGAGGCUCGAUGCAAUCCUACAACAUCCUCGACGACAUCCACAGCAGAGCACGACUUUCGAUUCCCUCGAAGACCUGCCGAUCGACCCCAGCCGCAAGCAGAACCGACUCCCAAAUCCGCCACUCCCCGACCCGGUACCAGCGCAAACUCGGGCGCGAGCACUCUGGACAAGCUGGAUCUUCCGGGGGAGACCAUUGCGCGCAAGGAUUUGCUGCGCGACAGCAUCUUUCCUACCUGGAAGGACGAUGCCGCUGGCGAGGAGCUCGAUAGCCCGGACGAGAUGCAGAAGAAGGACCCGCUGGCUACGCAGAUAUGGAGGCUAUACAGCAAGACCAAGAAGCAGUUACCCAACCAGGAGCGGAUGGAGAAUCUGACAUGGCGAAUGAUGGCAAUGAGCCUGCGGAAGCGUAAGCAGGAGGAGGCUGCCCGCAAGCAAUCCAAGCAGACCAAUACCAGUGCACCCAGUGGAAUCGCCCAGCUGAGGAGGACCUCAGACCAGACGGCCGAACAACAUCAAGACGCAAUGAAUCUCGACGAUUUCAUCUUCUCCGAGAGCAUAUCGACGCCCGCCGGUCUGGGCGCCUCCCCUCCACCAGAAUCUACUAAGGAAUCACCAGAGAAAUCAUCGAACGCGGUGGCGUCGGCGAUUCCCAUAAAGAUGCGGAAGGAAUCUGCCCAGUUUGCAAUCCCCCAGUCCGUUCCUGUUCCUCAUCACAACCCGCGGACCAACGAAGAGUUCAACUAUGUGCAAAGACACGUUCGGAAAACAAGCAUCGACGAGAGACGACCUCGGAAGCGACCAGCCGACUUCUCCCCCCUAGUACCAGCUGUGAACAGCAUCAUGAUACCUCAUGAUCCGGACCAUGACGAAUAUUCCCUCGACCAACCACACCCCCCGAUGAACCACCACGGUAAUCUGGGCUUACCCUUUCAACUAGAUACAUUUAACAUGGAUCAUGAUCCGAUAAUCACCUCUGCAGGACCAUUCCAACAGAACUUCUCAUUCUCGCCAUCAGACUCUCCACUCGUCCAACAUGGCCCCUUCUCUUCAAUGUAUAAUAACACUUCGAUGCCCUCUUCGUCUCUGAACUCGAACGAUUACUAUUCCCCUCCUGGGAGUGCCUAUCCAUCGGCCGUUUCGACUCCGCAGCCCAUCCCGGAAAACGAGCAGCUAUAUUUCAAUAAUCAUGACCUAAAUAUGCGACCCCAACGGCCUCACGCAUUCAGCCACGGGCCCUCCAGCCUGUCGAACUCGAUGGCGCCACAAUACAUGUACAACUCCAAUAGCAGAUCCAUGUUCACCGCUGUUACCAGCGCCGGUCCUUCUAACUCAUUUAACGCUUCCGGGGCGUUUAGUGGGAUCGCCCAACAUAUAGACCCUACCCAGGUCUUCCAUUCUGACAACCGUGCACGAUCGCCUGGCGGCCAAUUAGGGCAGGAGAACAUGUUUAGCUUUGGGGGAGAUUCGGACAAUGAGGACGAGGAGGGAACAGCAUUCGCGGACCGAACACUUCUGAUGCAACAUGACUUUGCACAGUCUCCAAUGGAAGAACCAGGCAUGGAAACGGGAUCUGGCGGAGGAUUGCAAUGGGACGCUACUUUGUCAGGGCAGUUCAACACGCAAGCUGCCAGAUAUCCAGGUGGUCCACCGAGGAAACAAGUUACGAUUGGAGGUGCUGAGAUGGUCUCGCCAUCUAUCGAUUGGGACGGCUCAGGAGGUUCUCUAGGUCGGGGUCACGGUUCCACCCAAUCCGUUUCCGACACCCGAGCUAGAGGUGGUAAUGACAGGCGGCAGAAGAUUCCGCGAACAUCAUCAACUCCAAAUGCAGCUUUGAUGGGCUCCAGAAAUGCCAAUAUAUUUGAUAAUAUUGGCCAAUCGGAUCCUAAUUCCCCUCCUGAAGCGGGCAAUGUAUCCGGCUUCUCUUCAGUGGCCCCGAGUCGGCCAUCCUCGCCCGGUGGCUCAAAGCACGGCUCUACGACAAACUUGGCAGGUGCUGCUGGUGCACAAGGCGAGAACGGCGUCCCAACGACCUGCACGAACUGCUUUACUCAAACCACCCCACUCUGGCGACGAAAUCCCGAGGGACACCCUCUUUGCAAUGCUUGUGGUCUCUUCCUCAAGUUACACGGUGUCGUACGACCCCUCUCACUGAAAACCGAUGUUAUUAAGAAACGAAACAGAGGCUCCGGGGCCUCUCUCCCUGUAGGUGGCUCUGGUGGCGCAUCGACUCGCGCUUCCAAGAAGGUCGGAACCACUCCACAAACCAGUGGGCCAAACACAAGGAAGAACUCGAUUGUGACCACAGCCCCCACUACUCAAGUUACGACUCCCACGAGUGGCCGUACCGGUAGCGUGAACGAAAGCCAGAGCCCACCUUCGAUUUCGGGCUCGGCCGGUAAUGGCGGGAGUACAGCUGGUAGUACACCGACUUCGUACCACGGCUCCGCAGGAGGAUCUUCAGUUGGAGCAACUGGUGUCAGUGGUGGAAAGGGCGUGGUUCCCAUAGCAGCAGCGCCGCCAAAGGAUACCCCUGGACCAGGUGCAGCAGCAUCGAGUUUACCGCGGAUGAGUGCCAGCGUCGCUCCAAAGAGGCAAAGGAGGCAUAGCAAGAGCGUGAGUGCCUCUGAGAACAUGGAUGUUGACUCGCCGGAGAACUCAACAGGAUCCAACGAGGUUGCGAAAUCAGUGGGUAUGAGCAUGAUGAGUGGUGGAAGCAUGUCCGAUAUUGGUCUUGCCAACGGAUUCGGCAUGGCGUCAAGGUCUCUGGGACAAGGAGGAUUGGGAAUGUCGUCGCUGAGCGGUAUGAAUUCACAGUCCUCCGGAAUCUCCCUCUCGGGACAGAACGGCGUUGGAGGAUCGGGCACCGGCCCUCAGGAAUGGGAGUGGUUGACGAUGAGUCUUUGA